AUGGACAACCAAAAGAGUGCCCCCACCAUGGAGCUUGAGCACGCCAUCGGCUUUUCAGGUAUAUCUGCUGGGCUGCAUUACCACCCAAACGGGCAGGACUACGUUUACCCUGCGGGUGGUUGCAUCGUAAUUGCAUCCUUGAGUGACCCGCACAACCAAGUAUUCCUCCGCGGCCAUGACGCGAACAUUACGUGCCUUACGAUGUCGCCCACCGGGCGAUACCUCGCGUCGGGACAGGCAGGGUCCAAUGCGGAUAUCCUCGUGUGGGACUACGCAUCACGGCAGCUCCUUUUUCGUUUGUCCGAGCACGACUUCGGCAUCAACGCGGUGGCAUUUUCGCACGACGAGAAGCUCCUCGUAAGUGUCGGCAACGAACGGGAUGCCCGCAUCUUCCUGUGGGACAUGGCGAAUGGCAACAUCGUCACGACACAGCAAAAACUCCAAGCGACCGUGCUUGCCGUGUGUUGGGGCGGCUUCCACCGUGACAUUAAGCGACGCGACACGACCUCGUACUUGUUUGCGACGGGAGGAACUCGAAUGCUCCAGUUCUGGGUCCUCAACCCAAUCACGGGGGAACUUGUAGCCAACAAAGUCGAGUUCGGUGCGCCCGUUGUGCGAGACUACACGUGCGUUCAGUUUACACCGGACCGUGAGACCAUGGUGGCUGGUACAACAAGCGGCGACUUUGCCGUCGUUCAUGUCAAGACUCGCCGAUUCCUUCAAAGCAUCUCGGCAUGCACGUGCGGCGUCCUGUCCCUGUGUGCAUGGAACGAAGGGGUGCUCGUUGGUGGGGGCGAUGGCAGCCUCCUAUUUUUCAACAACGACUUUGUCGAUUCUGCCAAGCAGUCGUUGGUGGGCGCCAUAUCUGGGCUUAGUCCGUUGGCCGGCUCAGGGUCGGUGAUGGCAGGUACCCAAAGCGGGUUCAUUUACCACGUGACGGUGCAUCCGUCGCAGCCAUCGAUGGCAUCGCGUUUGAUUUGUGAAAACCACUCGAACGGCGUGUUGGCCAUCGCGUUCGCCCCGCAGCACUCGGACCGUUUUGCGACCAUCUCGAAGGACUGCACGAUUCGGAUAUGGGACGGCUCCGACUACUCGGUCGUCGUCCGCGCUGCAGUUCAAAACGCUGGCAUGCCGACGUGCCUGGCGUUUUCCCUCGACAUUGUCCUGUCGGGGUGGCAAGACGGAUGCUUGCGCUGCCACAGCUCGGACACGGGGCAAUUGUUGUGGGUAAUUGACAAUGCCCACACGGGAGGCGUCACCGCGCUCGUACUGAGCAACAACCAGCGAUUCAUUGUGACGGGCGGAAUGGGUGGCGACGUCCGCGUGUGGGACAUCCGCAAGAGGGACAUGGUGUCGCACUUGAAGGAGCACUCGAUGGCGAUCACGGGCCUCGCCUUGUUCGACGACGACGUGCACUUGCUCAGCUGCAGUCGCGACAAGUCGUUUCUGUGCUGGGAGCUUCGCACCGAGCGCCGAAUUGCGGCGCACAUUCAACGGAUGGGGGGAUUGAAUGCGAUUGCACUGUCCCGCAACCAAAGCAUCGUGCUCACAGUCGGCCAAGAGAAGCGCAUUUCGUACUGGGAUCUGCGCAUCGAAGCCCCCGUCAACGUCAUCACCAAGGCGCAUGCAGAUGAAGCGACGUGCUUGGCUGUCGCGCACACGAUGCCAUACUUCGCCACAGGGGGCACAGACCAGUUGAUCAAGUUGUGGUCCUUUGACACCGGUCUGCUCAUCAUGGACGGCGUGGGGCAUUCUGGAUCAGUCCGGUCGUUGGAAUUUAGCCCGGACGACCGGCAGCUCGUGUCGGUGGGGGACGAAGGCAGCAUUUUUGUGUGGAAUUUGUACUCGGAGUAA